CCAUGUGGAACGCAAGUCUUGGACAGCACACGCAUACAGGUGUCCACCGAACAAAAACACCCAACCACGAAGUUGGUGUCACAGGAGCUGAAGUCCAGACCUAUGGCUCAACUGAGGGGUUGGGUAUUGGUUCCGCGGGCAGCGGAAUGCAAAACCAUCUUUUCGCAUAUGCGCAACAGUCAGACUAUCAGGAAGGUCGUGCCUUCAGAUAACUAUCAAACCACCAGAAAGUGCAAGAGUUGAUGUGCGCUGGGGCGUCAAAAGGGGAGAGCGUCACCAAGAACAUGCCUACCAUGUAACCUGGAUUCUACGAUCAUAAUACAAGGAUAAAAGAGGGAGACUGGAGCGGCGAGAUAGUUCAGCGAAUAGGAAAGAUUAUUGGACAGGGAUUGGCUAUCCAGCUCGAGCAUAUUGUUGCUGUUUAAAUAUAAUCUGCGGAAUCUGAUUGUUCUGACUCGGAUUAUCCGAUCACCCAACUUUGCAGUCAGCUCUGUAAAGUUUUCAGGUCAUACCAUAUUAAUAACAAUGAUAGGCA